GACCUUUACACUCGGUGUCAGAUAAGAUGGCUUCGAAGGAGGAGAAAGGGAGACGCUUAUCCUUACGCCGUAGUGCUGAAUAUAAGAGAACUCCAAGUAAUUCCUGUGAUAGUGUGUGUGAAUCUUCUGAGGACAAGACCUCUGGAACUACAACUUCACCCAGUAGUGCCCUGCACAAUCUUACAGUCACUUACCACUAUGUACAGUCGGAGUCUCCUAUUACAACUUCAACCCGUUCUCUCACUGAGCUCUCAUCUGCUCUUCCGUCUGAUGGAGCUCCUCUGCGAAGCCAGCAUCCACUGACGACCUCCCCUCCACCAGCCCCCCUGUCCUCCCCUCACAAACACACUCCCACUUUCCCCACCCUCUCUAAUGGACGAGUUCGGAAGCGCUUAAAAAUUGACCUUGAUGUUCAAAAAUCAACACAAGUACAGAGAUUACUGACGGUUGCAUCACAAUUGUGCAGUACUCGCCAGAGCUCUUCUCCAGAACAUGUUGACUCUGGCAACUUAUUGGUCCACCAUACUGAUCACUCACCAACACGUUGCACGAUGGAUCAGGAAACAAUGUCAUCACCAUGUGUUGAUGAAGAUGAGGCAUUCUGGAGUCAGGCUGCCGAGGUACUA